CGCGUGCUCGCGCCCGCGCUCUCCCUCUCCCUCACGGACCGGGCGGCCUCGACGGCGGCGGCGACGACGACGACGACGACGACGACGACAAGAUGUCGGGCGAGGACGAGCAGCAGGAGCAGACGAUCGCCGAGGACCUGGUGGUGACCAAGUACAAGAUGGGGGGCGACAUCGCCAACCGGGUCCUCCGCGCCGUGGUGGAAGCCGCCAGCUCCAACGUGUCGGUCCUCAGCCUGUGCGAGAAGGGGGACGCCAUGAUCAUGGAGGAGACCGGGAAGAUCUUCAAGAAGGAGAAGGAGAUGAAGAAAGGCAUUGCUUUCCCCACCAGCAUCUCGGUCAAUAACUGCGUGUGCCACUUCUCCCCGCUGAAGAGCGACCAGGAUUACAUCCUCAAGCAGGGCGACUUGGUCAAAAUCGACCUGGGUGUCCACGUGGACGGUUUCAUCGCCAACGUGGCGCACAGUUUCGUGGUGGACGCUGCCAAGGGGACCCCGGUGACGGGGCGCAAGGCGGACGUUAUCAAGGCAGCUCACCUGUGUGCCGAAGCGGCCCUGCGCCUGGUGAAGCCCGGAAACCAGAACUCACAAGUCACGGAUGCCUGGAACCGGGUUGCACACUCGUUCAACUGCACGCCAAUAGAAGGGAUGCUCUCCCACCAGCUGAAGCAACACGUCAUCGACGGCGAGAAAACCAUCAUUCAGAACCCCACAGAUCAGCAGAAGAAGGACCACGAAAAAGCGGAGUUCGAGGUGCACGAAGUCUAUGCCGUGGACGUGCUGGUCAGCUCUGGGGAGGGCAAGGCCAAGGACGCGGGCCAGAGAACCACCAUCUACAAGCGGGACCCGUCCAAGCAGUACGGCUUGAAGAUGAAAACCUCCCGCGCCUUCUUCAGUGAGGUGGAGAGGCGCUUCGACGCCAUGCCGUUCACUCUCAGGGCUUUUGAGGACGAGAAGAAAGCCCGUAUGGGCGUGGUGGAGUGCACCAAGCACGAGCUGCUGCAGCCCUUCAACGUGCUCUACGAGAAGGAAGGCGAGUUUGUGGCCCAGUUCAAGUUCACGGUGUUGCUGAUGCCCAACGGCCCCAUGCGGAUAACCUGUGGUCCCUUCGAGCCCGAGCUGUACAAGUCCGAGCUGGAGGUGCAGGACGCCGAGCUCAAGGCCCUGCUCCAGAGUUCAGCCAGCCGGAAGACUCAGAAAAAGAAAAAAAAGAAGGCCUCCAAGACAGCGGAGAAUGCCACCACCGGGGACACGGCGGAGGACAACCAAGCCGGGGACUGAGCCGGCUGCCGCUCCCGCUGCCUCGUCCCCCCGACGCGCCCCAGCCCGGCCGCACCGCGGGGACCCCCGGCCGCCGCCACCGCCAGCCACUGCAGACUAUUCCACGCAAAAAUGAAAUAAUAAAAUCAGGAGUCCAAACCCGUCUUUGAAGGCCCUCUUUCUAACCGUUUUUCUACUGCUCCGCUUCAAGGUCAGCAGCCCCUCUGCGCGCGGGGCGGCCCCCCGCCCGCCUCCCUCCCUCCUCCCGCAGAUGCUGCUGGUUUUUAUUCUUUUCCCGUCGGGAGCCGGGGUCCCCGGUCCCCGUCCCCCCCCCGCCUGGAUGCCGUCCUGGGUUCCGGUCCUCGUUUUUAACUCCCCGCCACUUUGCACACCACCGGGAUGCCCUUGUCCUUCGCUGUCUCGGAGCUGCAAAGCGGUACCCAGGCUGGGCCCUGGUCGGCCCCCGAUCCCCUUCCCCCCGUGUGGCUCCACGGUCCUCCGUGCGGAGCGGUGGCAGGCGGGCGGGAGCUGGGGCCGGCCCGUCGGACUGUACGGACGCGCCACCCGGGCCCCCUCUCCGGGGGUCCGACAUCCCGUCAAUAAAAGGAAUUGGGUUUUGCCGCGCCGACUCCCCGGUGUGCCCUUCGUCAAGCCGGUCCGGCCGGGCAGGCCGCUGGACGGGGGGGGGGACUGGGCUGGAGGCCGCUGGACUUACGUCGCCGGGCGCGGGGGUUUCAUUGCGGGAACUGAAAUGUAUCCCCGGUCGCCUGCCUGUUCGAACGGGAACGCACGCACACGCAGACUGACACUCCCAGGUGGAUUCGACAAGGCUGGCUCACACACACGCAGGCGCACGUCACCAAAAGAUGUUCUGUAAUUUUUUUUCCAAAUAAAAUUGACAAGCGACA